AUUUCUCUCCGGCUUUGUACCAGAGCUGACCCACGCCGCGGCUAUCUGCUCCAGGACAACAGGGCCUUCUAAACAUCACAAAAUGGCUCUUCACGUGCCGAAAGCGCCGGGUUUUGCCCAAAUGUUGAAAGAUGGCGCAAAGCAUUACUCUGGACUGGAAGAAGCAGUUUUCCGUAAUAUCCGAGCCUGUAAGGAGCUGUCCCAGACCACUCGGACAGCCUAUGGGCCAAAUGGUAUGAACAAAAUGGUCAUUAAUCACUUGGAGAAGCUGUUUGUCACCAAUGAUGCUGCAACAAUCCUCAGAGAGCUUGAAGUGCAACACCCAGCAGCAAAGAUGAUUGUAAUGGCCUCUCACAUGCAAGAGCAGGAAGUGGGAGAUGGGACCAACUUUGUCUUGGUUUUUGCUGGAGCUCUCCUAGAAUUGGCAGAGGAACUCCUCAGGAUGGGCCUCUCUGUGACUGAGGUGAUUGAGGGUUAUGAAAAGGCAUGUAAGAAGGCUCUGGAGAUCCUGCCCGACUGUGUUUGUUUUUCUGCCACAAACCUCCAUGAUGUUAAAGAGACCACUUCUCUUAUUCGUCCUGCGGUUAUGAGCAAACAGUACGGCAAUGAAGACUUCCUGGCCAACCUCAUCGCUCAGGCCUGCGUUUCUAUCUUCCCUGAGUCUGGAAAUUUUAAUGUGGACAAUGUCAGAGUUUGCAAAAUCUUGGGAUGUGGGGUGACUGCAUCCACCAUGCUGCAUGGCAUGGUGUUCAAGAAAGAAGCAGAAGGAGAUAUCACAACAGUUAAAGAUGCCAAGCUUGCCAUUUUCUCUUGCCCAUUUGACUGCACCGUCACAGAAACCAAGGGAACAGUCCUGAUCAAUAAUGCUAAAGAGCUCAUGGACUUUAGUAGAGGAGAGGAAGACAUGAUGGAGGCUCAGGUGAAGGCCAUCAAAGAGGCUGGCACUAAUGUGGUGGUAACAGGAGGAAAAGUGGCUGAUAUGGCAUUGCACUACGCCAACAAGUACAAUCUCAUGGUUGUUAGACUCAACUCCAAAUGGGACCUAAGGAGACUAUGCAAGACUGUGGGAGCAGUGGCUCUGCCAAAAAUAACUGCACCAACCCCGGAUGAGAUGGGCUACUGUGACAGUGUGUAUCUUACGGAGGUGGGUGACACACAGGUGGUGGUCUUCAAACAUGAAAAGGAAGAUGGUGCCAUUUCAACAGUCGUGAUCAGAGGCUCCACUGACAACCUGAUGGAUGACAUUGAGAGGGCUGUAGAUGAUGGAGUCAACACCUUCAAAGUUUUGGUCCGGGAUAAGAGGCUGCUUCCUGGUGCAGGAGCCACAGAAAUUGAACUGGCCAAGCAAUUGGCAUCAUAUGGAGAGUCAUGCCCAGGUUUAGAGCAGUAUGCCAUUCAAAAGUUUGCGGAAGCCUUUGAGGCACUGCCACAUGCUCUGGCAAAGAACUCUGGUGUGAAAGCGAGUGAGCUGAUCUCUAAAAUGUAUGCAGCGCAUCACGAGGGGAACAAAAACAUGGGUUUUGACAUUGAGGGAGAUGGUCCCUCUGUGAAAGACAUGGUUGAAGCGGGAAUCCUAGAGCCAUUCCUGGUUAAACAUUGGGGUAUCAAACUGGCCACAAAUGCAGCAAUUACAGUACUAAGAGUUGACCAGAUCAUCAUGGCUAAACCAGCAGGGGGACCCAAAACUCCCAAGCAAAGAGGCCACUGGGACAAAGAUGACUGGGAUGAAGAGCCUGAUAAAUUUGAUACUCACCAUUAGAGGGUGCACCAAUGCCUUCUUUCAAUCAUCAUGGCCAAACCAGCAGGGGGUCCCAAACCACCCCAGAACAGGAAGGACUUUGACGAGGACGAUUAAAUGUGAUGUGGUUCGCCUGAUGCUCCUCACUGCUCCAUUUCACCAACCCUAUUCUACAUGUUUAUUUAAAGCUCUGGUUUAUUUUGUAGAGGACAAAUUGAUUGAUAAAGUUUGUCAAAGAAACAAGUAUACUGAUGGCUCGUUUGCUUUAUGUUUUUAAACCCAAAUAAAAGGCAGUUGCGCUGUCACAUUGUG